CAAAGUUGCAAGUUACAUGUCGCAAUAUGGUGGAGUGUUACGUGCAUUAUGUGAUAGUUUCAAUAAAAUAUUAAAUUUAUUUUUUAUUUUAACUAUUGUAGAUGAAAAUAUUAGUACUAACUUGUGAAACAAUAUUCAGAAUAAUUCGAAAGUCUAUUUUAGACUUUGAAUAUUCAAAUACGUUGUCUUGUGUACUUGAAAUUGUUAAUAAUUUUGAUCCGUUUCGCUUAAAGUAUACAAGACUUCAAAGUCAUAAAAAUCUUUAACUGGUUUAUUCUACCGAAGAAUCGAACAUCUCUUCCGCAAUUAUUUACGAUUUCGUUGGGUGAAUUUUGGAAUUGACUUACUAUUACUGGUCUACAAAAUAGGCACGGUCUUAAUUCACUGUGCAAAGACUAGCAGAUACAUUGUGGUCAAAAUUUUUUUCUUGUUCACGAAGAUUUAAUGCAAUGCAUCCAUUGAGAUCAACAACUUUCAAAGGUGAUGAGGAAUCAAGAUCAACACGUAAUGAAGAUCACAAUACUUAUUCAGUUUUACGUUCAAGAACUGAAGAAGAAAAACAAAGACGUAGGCGAGAAUGGCAACGUCAGCAAGAACGAGAGAGACAACACGAAAAAUUGAAACAGCAAAAGAUUUUAGAGUAUGAAAGAAAACGUGCACAAGAUUUAAAAUAUGCUAAGGAAAAAUCCUCGUGUCACAGCAGAAGUAAAAGUAGCAGUGAGUCUCCCUCUCAUCAUCGGUACAGAGAUAGAUCUACAUCAAUUACUUCCAAAUCUGGUAGUCUGCAUGAAAAAUUAGAUGGAUCUACGAGUGGAUCAGUACCUUUGUUUAGAGGUCCUGAGAAUGCACAAAUUAAUACUAUGGAACUACGUCGAAUUAAAGUUGAUAUUCAUAGAAAUAUUCCUGUAAAAGGACCUGUUAGCGAACUGGAACGAGAUAUACUUAAUCCUGAAGAUGUGAUCGUCAAGAGAAGAGAGGGAGAAGGGUGUAAACCAAUAUUCGAUAGGGAAGAAAUAAAGAGGGCUGUAGCCAAAACUAAUGAAGUGGAAGAACGACGUACAGUUGUAGCUAUAGAUAAAGAACAAUCAGCCUCGGUAAUGAAGGCGUAUACUUCGAGAAAACGAUCUUCAUCUUUGAGUCCUAGCAGAAAUCGUAUUUAUAAUUCUGGACAUCUGUCUUCUUAUCAAUCAAGACGUCGUAUGGAUUUGAAGCAUCAGGAUAGCAAGAUGGAAAAUCGGGAUAUUCGAAAAAAUGAUAGGAGAAGUAAUAUAGAGAAACAUAGAGAAUAUAAAGACAAAUAUACAGAAAGAGAUACAACUAAACAUGAUAAUCGAUCGCGUUCUAAAGAACCGCGCAACUCACAUUCCAGAUCAUUUAUAGAAGAGAGAUCUUAUCGUGACAGAUAUCGUGAAAGAUCAAAUGAAUAUUCUUAUGAAAGAAGGGAUAGCGAUAGGGAUAGGGAUAGGGAUAGGGAUAGGGAUAGGGAUAGAGAUAGAGAUAGAGAUAGGGAUAGGGAUAGGGAUAGGGAUAGAGAUAGGGAUAGGGAUAGGGAUAGAAAUAGAGACAGAGAUAGAGAUAGGGAUAGAGAAAGAAAUAGAGACAGAGAUAGAUCCAGGGAACGAAGAGAUAUAGCACCACAUUAUAUUGAAUCACCAAUACCUGUGCCUAUCUAUUAUGGCAGUUUUCCUCCAAGACCAAUCGUAGUAAGUCCUAUGGUUCCAUUAAGAGGACAGAUUCCUUCUAUGGGAAGAGGUAGACAUCCAACUUUAAUGGCACCAAUCAGACCAUUUCCACCACGAUUUGUUCCUCCAGAUAUGUAUAGAUUGGGACAUCCACCCCCAAAUCCAAGAUAUGGACCAUUUUAAAAUAAGAAAAUGGUCGAUUAUCAUCGUAAUAUUUCAGCCAAUGGCAUUUUAGACAGAUAAUAGAUAACAAUAGAAGCAAAUAUUUUAAUCUUCACUUUUUAUAUGUAAGAAUGUCUCAAUGACUAAUCAUUUUUCAAUUUUUUUAUCAUUUGUGAUACACAUUUAAAUUUGGCAUGUUUUGGAAAAUGCAACUAUGAAAAUGAAUUGCAACAAUUAUAAUAUUUAAAUUAAUACGUUCCGUGUCGGAAUUUUAUGUGAUUUGUUCACCGGUGAUUGGUUCAUCUACGCAGCAUAGUUAUUAUAUUUAUGAAAUUGUAUUAUAUAACUAAAGAAUUGCAAAAAAAAUAUAAAAAAAUCAAUGCAAUAUAAAGUGGAAUGCAGAACAAACAAAAAAUACUUUAAUUAAUUAUUUAGUUAAUAAAAAACUAACAUGUUUCUUUAUAGCCAAAA